UUUAUGAGUUGGUAUUGUCGGACUGCUUGUGGACUUUAGACUUGGUACAGAUAUCAACGACACUAUAGAUUUGGCUAGGGGAGACGACCAGACAUGCCUGCUGAUCUGGUCCCGCUAGCCUCGCCAUCCCAAAUAGAACGCACGCCUUCUAGAGAGGACGGUAUUCCUGAAGACUUGGAAGAAGAUCUGAGAGCAUUCGGUUGCAAACUCAUCCACGAAGCUGGUAUAUUGCUGAAACAGAAACAAGUCGCUGUGGCUACAGCCCAAAUUCUGUUCCAGCGGUUCUGGUAUGCGACUUCUAUGAAACAAUUCGGUAUCGGGGUGAGUCUUACAACAUCAAUGUCUUGCUUUAAUUUUGGACAGGAACCAAUAUUCAUCACACGUACACAGGACAUUGGAAUGGGAGCUCUAUACCUCGCAUCAAAACUAGAAGAAUGCCCGCUUCGCAUGCGCGACCUCAUCAACAUAUACGACCUCCUCCUCCAACGCACCACACACACCCUCUCCUCCUCCACACCCUCCUCAUCACCAUCCUUGGCAAAGGGCAAAGAUACCUUCAAAUACGCCCCCAUGUCCUACUUCGGCAACACCUUCUACGACCUCAAAGACGCUUUGGUCGUAGCUGAGAUGCAGAUCCUCAAGAGACUGGGGUUUAACGUCCAUGUAGUGUUGCCGUAUGGAACCCUUAUAAAUUAUUUGCGCGUUUUGGGGUUGACGAGUCGGAAGGAUGCUUGUGCGAGAGCUUGGGGGUACCUCAACGAUGCCCUACAAACCCCAGUAUACGCAUUAUACGCAGUCCCAACCAUAGUCAGCGCCGCCAUCCUCCUCACUUCUCGUCAACUAGACAUUUCCUUGCCUUCUUCGCCGCCGAAUUGCUGGUGGGACCUCUUUGAUGCGCCUUGGGAGGACGUGUGGAGCGUUUGUGGGUGCAUUAUGCAUUUGUAUCGGGAUAGGACGGGUGAGGAUAGGAUGAGGGUGUUGAGGUUGGUGAGUAAGAAGGAUGUGAGGGGGUGGUUGGAGGAGAAUGUGAAUGCGGGUGUUGGUGUGAGGACUUGAUGCGGACUGUGGUUCCAAGGGGUUUUUCGUCGUGCCAGUCGCAGAUCUCGUUGCAGGAGUACGCUCCGAGAUGCACUUCUGUGCAUCCAUCAAUUCGUUGGACAUCGUGGCAUCGGCAUCGGUUCCGUGCCACACGACAGCUCAGAUCUCAGAAGCGGGCUUCAUUUCGUUCGAGGAUGCCAUGAUAUACCCAGGGCUUGCUCUUCUUGCCCU